GUGUCCCCCAAUUUUUUCAAACUUAUUACAUCAAUGAUUUGAUGGCCGUGAUAGAACCACCUUUUUUGGCAUAUUAUUCUGGAAAUUAUUGGCGGUUUGGUUAGCCAAGCAUCAAAAACUUUAUGUCCUCAAGUGCCAACGAGACACGGUGGAGUAAACCUACAGGCAACUUAGAUUUUAAGAGAUGCCCUACCGUGUCUCGCUGGCACGAUGAGAGUUGAAAAAGCCUCCUAGGCCUCUCUGUUCUGUUCGGUCUUAACUUCUUCUAUCUUGUGGUAAAAGAAACUGUACGGAAACAAUGUCGCCAAAUAGCAAAGUAGAGGUCAAAAAAUCGUCCAUCAACGGAGCCGGGCGCGGCCUCUUCGCCUGCCAAGACUUUGGGCCGGGUGACCUAGUUGUGUUUCUUGACCAGCCGCUCCUCGCUGAGCUUGAUACGGAUCGCAUGGAAGAUACUUGCGGCUGGUGCUUCCAGCGCGGCGCGACUGAUCCUAUGGAGCGCAUGCAGGCAGCAUCCAUGGGGCUUCCGAAUGGGCUCAUUGAGAUCAAGAAAUGUACCCGCUGCCGCCGAGUAGGAUACUGUUCCAAGAAAUGCCAGAGUAAGGCUUGGAGACGCGAGCAUAAAUACGAAUGUCAUAUCCUAGCUCCAAGUACCCGUCCCGCUUUGCCUAUGGGUGUACGUGCUGUGAUCAAGCUCCUUGGUCGCCUCAGAGGUAGCACCGGCGAUGAGAGGGAACAGAUAUUAGAUAUCUUGAAUUUCUGGCCAGUCGCUGGUGAUAGCAACCAUCUUGAAGACAUUCGUCGGCUAGAUAGAGAGAAGUUCGAUGACUUCAAUAUGUUUGCUAACGCAGCUUGGACAUAUGCGGGAAAACCUUCCAUUGACGGUCACGAUGCUGAAGCUGUUGCUAGAGACCUUAUUUUUAACGUUAUGUAUAACAGUUUCCAGAUAGGCUCUCCGCUCGACGCCGGACACUAUGGCCGCGGGUUUGACCUCUUGAUUUGCAGUGCGAACCAUUCCUGCGACCCGAACGUGGUCCGCGUUUGCAACCAGCCAAGCACGAUACUACGUGCGUUGAAACCUAUUAAGAAAGAUGAGGAGAUAUUCAUGGCAUAUACCGAGACGACGAACCCAUUUUGGGUGCGGCAAGCGCAUGUUAAAAAGGCUUAUUACUUCACUUGCCAAUGUGCCAAGUGCAUAAGGUGUCCUGUUUCCCCCGAGGAUACGUUCGCGAAACCGCCGCAGAAAUUGUCCAAGGAGUACUGUAAGGUAGCAGAUGGUCUAGUGAAGCGUCACAGGGCAGACCUGGGGAAAUUCUUAGCUGGAACCGAUGAAUCCAGGGCGCAACUUAGACUCGCUGCUAUGCAAGCAUCGGUUUUCGAUGUUUCUGAGAGCGGCUACUCCUUGGAAAAUGAUCUUAAGGAGGCCCUUCAUCUGUGCAUCGACUCAGGAAUGUGGACUUGGGCUCGGCAGCCUGUGCCCGAGCUUUGUCGUCGACUGUUUAGCGUAUACAUGGAAUCCAGCAGUCUUUACAAGGCGCUCAAGCUAGGGCUCAAGCUCCUCGUCGAGAUAAUGCCGAAUAUUUCCCCCCAACCCUUCUGCCCAGAACGGUUAAUUCUCACAGAGACCUUAGCAUUGAUGUCCAGCAUGAUCGCGGGCCCGACGCACCCACAGGCGGAAAGAGAACUUGCUGAGUAUGGCCUAGAACCACGCGUUAUCUUCUGGGGCUUGAUGCUUGAGCUGCGCAAGCAUAUUCCUCAGAUGUACGGCUGGGAUUCGCCGUUUGGCAAGUUCGUAAAUAAUUACUGCGAACAAGCCAAAGCUCACGAGAUCUUCAGCCAAGUCGAAGUUAAGAAGGAAGUCGUAGAGGCCUGGCCGAAACUGCAGGAAUUCUUAAAGAACAUAGAUAUCUUGAAGCUUUGCGACGAGAGAGAAGACGGAGAUUGUACUCUGAUGUAAGGUAAUGGGUUCUAUCAACAUAAAAUUAGAUAUGUGACUUUU